AUUUUUUUUUUCCAAUUGUUACUGCCCCCGUUAGACUCAGACUGAUCCAUAAAACAACCAUGAUUACAUGUUUGGAAUUCUUUAGUGGCAUCGGUGGUCUACACCAUGCACUGAAUGUUGCGGGCAUAGAUGCUUCAGUGGCAAAAGCAUUCGACAUGAAUGAAGUAGCCAACAAAGUUUACCAACAUACCUUCGGUUCUGCUCCCUCUAAUAAAGCUAUAGAUCGCCUGACCGUGAAGGAUAUUGAAAGAUACAAUGCCGAUUGCUGGCUUUUGAGUCCACCAUGUCAGCCUUAUACAAGAGGAGGAAAGCUACAAGACAGCGAAGAUCAACGUGCAAAGCCAUUAUUACAUCUCAUUACGCUACUACCUAAGUUAUCCAUAUUGCCACGAUAUAUCUUUUUGGAAAAUGUCAAGAAUUUCGAGUGCUCGCAAUCUAGAGAAGCCCUGGUAAAUCAACUCGACAGUCUUGAUUACUAUAUACAGGAAUGCCUUUUAUCUCCUACCCAGUUUGGUAUUCCAAACCACCGGUUACGAUAUUAUCUCAUAGCUCGUCGGCGAGACACACCUUCCGACUCUGAGGGAUAUAUAGAGAGGGCAAUAAUCCAUGAGUGUUGGCCAUUUGAUGGAGAGCGAAUCGAAUUCAAAACACCAUCAAUCUCAGCAUUCCUUGACCUUGAAGAAACAGAUGCAGAACAGCACCUUGUACCAGAAAAAUAUCUUACAAAGUCCAACAAUUUUAGAUUUGAUAUUACAAAACCAUCAGGUCAUCAAACGUCUUGCUUUACUAAGGCAUACGGUUCCCAUCACAUUCAAACCAGUGGAUCCAUGUUGCAAACAAAAAAUUUAGAGGUCAGUUCAUAUGACUGGGCCCAUCCGGAAUCACUUUUGUCACUUGGUCUGAGGUACUUCACUCCCACAGAAGUAGCACGGUUGCACGCAUUUCCUAUGCCUCCUUGGAAAAACGAAACUACAGACACACAAGAACCAUCAGUCAAUUCGAUCACUCCGAGACAAUAUGAAGCUCCACAUUGUACUCCUCAUCUGAAGUUUCCAGAUGAUAUCAAGAUCAUACAAAAGCAUCGUCUCUUGGGAAACAGCCUAAAUUGUUGGGUGGUAGCUGAAUUGUAUAGAUGCCUGAUGUUCAUAGACUAGAAUCUUCAACCUUUCGUAACUUUUUUUUUUUGAAUGUAUCAACAGUAACAGAAAUAAAAUAUAGUACAAAGCUGGUGCUUUAAAAAAUGGAUGAGGG